CUUGGAAAGUCCAAGUUGGCAAUAUAUAGAGACGGUCCCUACCCAACAGUGGGCUCGCAGGCUAGAAGGGAGCGGGCCCCGGGCCUAGGAGGAAGGGGAAACGGAGGCGGCCGAGACGAGGAGCGGAGCAAACUGCGGCGGCGGGCGGCAGGACCGGCCCCAAAGCCCCGCAGUCCCGGCUGGGCCUCCUGCCGGCCUGCCUGCCGGCCUGCCUGCCUUGCCUGCCUGCCGGUGUACCGGGCCCCCGUGUGCCGCUGUGGGGCCGCAGCGGGGGUUCCGGGCGGCCCCGGCCCAUGGCUUUCCUCCGGAAGGACCAGCAGCAGCGGCUCUACUCCAGGGAGAGGUUUUCCCUGCUGUUGCUGAACUUGGAGGAAUAUUACUUCGAGCAACACACGGCCAAUCACAUCGUUACAAAGGGCAGCCAGACCGAAAGAAAAAUCAGGGGUUCAUUUAAAAUCUGUUCAAAAUCAGUGAUUUUUGAACCUGAUGAGAGCUCCCAUCCCAUCAUUAAGAUUCCUCUGAGAGAUUGCCUUCAGAUAGAAAAGCAAGAAGCUAGUGGAGCAAACAGCCUCUUCUCAAAGACUGAUCAUGGAAGGAUUGCUCUCACUUUCACUCAGGUUUAUUUCAUUAAGGAGCAUAAUAUUGUUGCACCGUAUAAACUUGAAAGGGGCAAAAUGGAGUAUGUCUUCGAACUGGACGUAGCAAGGAAAGUGCAGGAUGUUGUGGAGACUUUGCUUCAGCUACACAGAGCUUCUCGCCUUGAUAAACUGGGAGAUCAAACGGCAAUGAUAACAGCUAUAUUGCAGUCACGUUUGGCCAGAACAUCAUUUGACAAGAACAGGUUUCAAAGUGUUUCGGAAACUCUGCACAUGGAAUGUAAAGCAGAAAUGGUGACUCCUCUGGUGACUAACCCUGGGCACGUCUGCAUCACGGACACAAACCUGUAUUUCCAGCCCCUGAAUGGCUAUCCUAAACCAGUAGUCCAAAUAACACUCCAAGACGUUCGCCGGAUUUACAAAAGGAGACAUGGCCUCAUGCCUAUGGGCCUAGAAGUAUUUUGCACAGAAGAUGACCUGUGUUCUGACAUCUACCUGAAGUUCUAUGAAUCUAAAGAGCGAGAUGAGCUUUAUUUCUACAUUGCAACGUAUCUAGAUUGCAACCAAAAACCCAACUUUGAUGAAAACCACAUUGCAGAACAUACAGCAGAGAGUUACAUGCUUCAGUGGCAGCGCGGGCAUAUCUCCAACUAUCAGUAUCUUCUUCACCUCAACAAUCUGGCCGAUCGCAGCUGCAAUGACCUAUCCCAGUAUCCCGUGUUUCCCUGGAUAAUAAACGAUUAUACCAGUGCGGAGUUAGAUCUGUCAAAUCCUGAAACCUUCCGGGAUCUUGGUAAACCAGUAGGUGCACUAAAUAAGGAAAGGCUGGAGAGGUUAUUGACUCGCUAUCGGGAAAUGCCGGAGCCAAAGUUCAUGUAUGGGAGCCACUACUCUUCUCCCGGUUAUGUUCUUUUUUAUCUCGUUCGAAUUGCCCCUGAAUACAUGCUGUGUCUACAGAACGGAAGAUUUGAUCAUGCAGACAGAAUGUUUAACAGUAUUGCAGAAACAUGGAAGAACUGUUUGGACGGUGCCACUGAUUUUAAGGAGUUGAUUCCGGAGUUCUAUGGUGAUGACUUCAGCUUUUUAGCCAAUCACUCAAAGUUGGAUUUGGGGAAGAGGCAAGGAGGAAAAAUGGUCGAUGAUGUGGAACUUCCACCCUGGGCUUCAGGCCCCGAGGACUUCCUUCAGAAAAGCAAAGAUGCAUUAGAAAGCCCUUACGUGUCAGAGCAUCUUCACGAAUGGAUUGACCUCAUCUUUGGCUACAAGCAAAAAGGAAGCGAAGCGGUUGGGGCCCGAAAUGUAUUCCAUCCCCUGACCUACGAGGGAGGCGUUGACCUGUACAGCAUCGAAGACCCCGAUGAGAAAGUGGCCAUGCUGACCCAGAUCCUGGAAUUCGGGCAGACACCCAAACAGCUGUUUUCCAUUCCACACCCUCGGAGGAUCACCCCGAAGUUCAAGAGUUCAUCCCAAACAUCCAGUUACAACACUUCCAUUGCCGAUUCCCCUGUCUCUCCAGGGGAAGAGUCUUUUGAAGACCUGACUGAGGAAAGCAAGACACUGGCUUGGAACAACAUUACCAAACUGAAGCUACAGGAGCAAUUCAAGAUUCACAAAGAGGCAGUUACGGGGAUAGCAGUGUCCAGCAACGGCUCUUCCAUCUUCACGACUUCUCAAGAUUCUACCCUGAAGAUGUUUUCUAAAGAAUCAAAAGCACUCCAGAGAAGUGUGUCUUUUUCAAACAUGGCUUUAUCAUCUUGUUUAAUCCUACCAGGAGACUCCACUGUCGCCUGUUCCUCAUGGGACAAUAAUAUCUAUUUUUACUCUAUAGCAUUUGGGAGAUGCCAGGACACACUAAUGGGGCAUGACGACGCAGUCAGCAAAAUCUGUUGGCAUAACAACAGACUCUACUCUGCAUCUUGGGACUCUACAGUGAAGGUGUGGCUUGCUGGUUCUGCAGAGACCACGGGGACCAGAAGACACAACUUUGACCUGUUGACUGAGUUGGAACAUGAUGUCAGUGUGGACACGGCCAGCCUGAACGAGGCCGGCACGCUGCUGGUGACAGGCACCCGGGAGGGCUCCGUCAACAUCUGGGACCUGUCCGCCGGCACGGUGCUGCACCAGCUCUCCAGCCACACAGGAGCAGUGUGCCAGGCCGCUUUCAGCCCCGACAGUCGCCACGUGCUCAGCACGGGAGAAGACGGUUGUGUGAAUGUGAUAGACGUGCAGACCGGGACACUUAUCUCUUCUCUGACAUCGGAGCAGCCCCAGAGGUGCUUCAGCUGGGAUGGUGACACCGUGCUUGCUGGAAGUCAGUCGGGCGAGCUGCUGGUGUGGGAUCUGCUUGGAGGCAGAGUGAGCGACAGGAUCUCGGGUCACACAGGUGCCGUGACAUGUAUGUGGAUGAACGAACAGUGUAGCAGCAUCAUCACCGGAGGGGAAGAUCGACAAAUCCUGUUUUGGAAACUGCAAUAUUAAGUGCCUCUUCCUCUCCCGGAUCUGGUGACACAAACUCCCUCAGAGCCACUUUCUUUUUAAACCAGACUUUUUAAACAGAUUUACAAAAUGUGCAAUGAUCGAAGCGGAAGUUGUACCGGUUAGGAAGUCUGUCUAGCUCUAAGGCUUUCUAAAAGUAGGUGACUUCCCUUAAACAAAACUCAACUCUCAUCUUGAUAGGGUGAAGUCCACAAUUGGACUUAGAGCUUGAGUAUCUGGGAGAAAGUUACAGCUUUUUCUUGCAGGGCAUCCCGGCCCCCGCCUCCUUCCCCACCGUGCAGCAGGUACAGGUGGGAAAUUCUCACCUGCUGGGUCCAGGAUCCUCCCAGGUAAAGUGCGUGUACACGGAUGACAUCUCCUCCUGGUCCUGUUUGCAGGUGGCCUCCAGUCUGUCUCCCCGCCCACCAUUUGCUGCCUCGGAUUUUUUUAAAGUGACUAUUGAGUAUUGACUGCUCCACCAGUUCCUUGAGGAAAGGAUCUGGGGGGAACGUUAGCAGCCCAUAAUACGAUAGUACUGGUUUGCAUUUCAUUAUGGCUGUCCGACUCGGCUUAGAAUGCUUUUCUUCAUGUCUUUUCUAAGAUGACAUUAAAGUUAUUUUUUCUUAAA